AUGCCUCCACAAAUCAUCGACCUUGUCUCUGACGACGAGGAUGUCGAUCCGCCUCCCCAUUCGACCUCAAAGCGAGCGAAUCCAAAUCCUAGAUCAAGUCAGGCCAAAACCUCCGCUCACGGAACCAGACAAAAUGUCACGACCACCAACCAAGGCAACCUAGGUGAGCCGAUGGAUCCAAACACACCGACCUGGACCUCGCACCAUGGGAACAAGCACAUCCUUGAGGGUGCCGAUAGACCAGGAAGCUCCAUCAUUAGCAGCCACACCGAACGCGGCAGCCCCAAUCCCAUCGAGGAGCCCGCGUUACAUCCUCCUACUAUUGCUGCGAGAAGAGACAACAACAAAGGCAAACAGCGCGAGAUUGAAAUCCCAGAAAUCGACCUGUCUCAGCUAGAUUCCGACAGCGCUUACGACAACGAUGAUGGUACUGGCGGCAGCAGUGGUGACAAGGACCUCGGGGAACAAGGGGAUGAGGUUCUUGGCUACGAUAACGGCAACGGCGAGCUGAGCGAAGACGAGGCCUUCCGGCGCGCCAUUGCACUGUCACUCCAAGAACAGAUGCCUCGGCGCAAGUCCAACCAAGACGCUGGCGCGACUUCGUCGAUUUCCCAAGGGAAAGCAAAAGCGCAGUUGAAACCACAACCACCGUCCAGACCUCUAACGCAGACUGCGGCUGCAAGACCUCCAGAUGAAGCAAUGCCAGACACACGGGAGGAGAGUCGAACCAUUUCUCUCUCACAACCUCCCGCUCACCGUAAUCCGGUCGUUCAACACCCGCACGCGGCUGCGACGACAAAGAUGCCUUUACCAUAUCCGGGCUCGACGCCAACAUCGCCGCUGCCGGGCCAAAUAAGUCAUCCCAGCACAACGCAAAACGACCCCAGUCACCCACAAGCUUCAUCCGCCGAUGGGCAGGUACCAAGCUCAGGCCCUGGCACCGGCGCCGGCAAGUUCAGCCUGGCGAACCUCAACCGACGACAGAUGGAAGCAGAGCGCCUGGCGCGGCGGAAGCGGAAGUUGGAAGACGAAACAUUGCGCGAAGCCGGAUAUUCAGAAGAUGACGGGCGCAGUUCCAAAGUCGUCAAGCUCAGUCAGAGUGAGUCGGCGACGGCAACUGGGACACCUCGAACCGGGGAAGCUGGCAAGGGAAAGAUGCGAUCAAGCCAGCAGCAUCCAACGGCCUCGGAUCUACGUAGGGACAGCGGUAGUUCGAGACACCAGCUGCAAUUGCCAGAAAGAAAUAACAGGGCAGCAGCAGCAGCAGCAGCAGCAGCACAAACUGCCGGAAGCUCUCAGACCGGACAACGCGCAGCAGGUGCCAAAUCAGCAUCCCCAAAUGUGAGGGCUGGAAUUUCCGCCAGCAAUAAUGCCAAUGGCAGGGACAGCAAUAGCGAUAUUGUAUCGCCUCCUUUGGACACUACAGCACCUAAUCCCACACCUCCCGGGCCCCCUUGUAUCCAGAUUGAUGAUGAUGAUGGCGAUGACAAUGACGAACACAGCCACGACAACAAGGACAACAACACCUCUAGCACCACUUCAUCCAAUAGCAGCGCCGCAAACCUGUACCCCGACGGCAUCGCCCUCAAGACAUACGUCGCAGGCCACCCAUCCGCAAACACCAUCACAUUCGACAAAGUGGUAUCGCCCUCAUCGCAGCUAGAGUCGUGCCUCCUGUCCUCCUUCAUCUGGGACCUAGACUGGCUGCUGCCGCACUUUGAGACGCGGCGGACAAAGUUCCAGCUGGUCAUGCAGGCCAAAGAUGCGCUCGAGAGGCAGGCAGUCGAAAGGGAUUUUCAGGGGGUGCCGAACGUGAGGCUGACUUUCCCGCCGAUGGGGGGCAACGUCAGUUGCAUGCAUAGCAAGCUCAUGCUGCUGUUUUACAAGCACGAGGAAUCAGGCAGGACAGUGGCAGCAUCGGCGAUGGGCAAAAGGGGAUCGUUAGGCAGUUUGCAGAAAGGCAGUCAGAGAUGUCGCAUUGUGAUUCCUACAGCCAAUCUGGUCGACUUUGACUGGGGCGUUGGCGGCUUCAUGGAGAACACAGUGUGGCUUAUUGACCUGCCCUCCAAAUCAGCCUCUGACGCGGCGAACUCGUCAUCGCUGCAUGGUGCGACAACACCCGCAGCGCCACCUGCGGCAGGAGCAGGCUGCCAGACAUUGUUCGAAAAGUCGCUCAAGGAGUUCCUCAGAGCUCAGACCGUGCCCGACGACGUGCUCCGCAAGCUGGACCUGUUCGACUUCCGCAAGACCGAACGCUACGGUUUUGUCCACUCCAUUGGCGGUGUGCACGGCGGUGAAGCAUGGCAAACCACUGGCUUCCCAGGGCUCGGUCGGACCAUCACUGAACUUGGCUUGGCCAGUCGAGGAUCCAUCCAGAUGGACUACGUGUCAUCGUCAAUAGGCAGCUUGGACGACGAGUUCUUGAGGUCCAUCCACCUUGCUGCCUCGGGCGACAAUGGCCUAACGGAAUACACCAGACGAGUGGACAAAAGGGGCCUAAUCAAGCAGGGCAGCUGGAAGAAAAACUUCCGCAUUUAUUUCCCCAGCGAUAACACGGUCAGGACAUCGAAAGGAGGCGCUCCCAACGCCGGCACAGUUUGCUUUUCCAUCACAUGGUGGAACAAUCCAAAGUUUCCCCGCUCUAAUAUGUACGAUUGUGUUAGUGUUCGCGAGGGCCUGCUCAUGCACAACAAGCUGCUGUUCGUCCGGUAUACUUCACCAGUCGAAAAGUCUGGGUCAGGAAAUAUUGGGUGGGUAUAUGUGGGUAGUGCGAAUCUUUCUGAAAGCGCUUGGGGUCGACUUGUUCAAGACAGAACCACCAAGAAGCCUAGACUCAACAACAGAAACUGGGAAUGCGGAGUCAUUAUUCCAAUCCCUACAAUAGGAGGCACUUCCAGCUUCACCGUCAUGGAUAGAGACAGUGCGGGGCUUUCGUCAAUCAACCACAUUGUCCCAGUUCCGAUGAGACUUCCCAGCGAGAGUCUUGAGAACAAGAGGCCGUGGACGUUCUCGGAUUGA